AUGGAUUUCAAAGGUAUAACUUGGGCUGGGAAUAUAUAUCAGAAGUUUGAAGCUAUGUGCUUGGAAGUGGAAGAGGUUAUGUAUGAGGAUACAGUCAAAUAUAUGGAAAAUCAAGUGCAGAAAGUUGGUGUUAGUGUAAAGAAGUUCUAUUCUGAGGUAAUGCAAGAUUUGCUCCCUGCCUGUGAUGCAGAUCCUGUAAAAGUAGCUGCUGGGGAUUUGUCACUGAACCCUUAUUCGCAUACUGAGUUAAACAAAACUAAACCAAUCAUGUCAUUCAGUCUUGAAGAGCUUAAGAAGAAAGAAAUCACAAAUCGGAAUAUAUCUGAUCUAGGCGAAGACGGAUCAUCCUUUAGAGCCUAUAAUGGUUUAAAAAGUAAAAGAUCAGGAGUCUACAAGCGCCCUAUGGGCAGGAUUUCUCGGGACAAUCAUCCUUCAAUAGUAUGUCAUGAUGUGGCUUCUUUAUUGGGAGACAAGAACCGUUUGCUUGUCUGUGACACAAGUGUAACAUCCUCAGAGCCCUCAGUGAGAAAUCAUCCUAUUGAGCCAGAAAAUGUUAAUGCAUCUUUGUCAGGUGGUUCUGUUCACUCCCUUUCUUCUGACAAGGUUGAAUUGGCUGAAUCUGUAAUGAAAGAGAAACAAGACCACAUCUGUACCUUCUGCACUUCUCAGAAGAUUUUAUCAGCUGACUCUAUGAGACAAGAGAAAGAUGGUUCUCAGUGCACGUCAUGCUACCACGGCCUGACAACCAACUCUAUAGAUAAAUCCAGGAAGGAUGAAUCGUUUUCUCAUGUCAAUACAGAUGUUGGUGACAGUGCUUGCAGUGAUGAACCAGAGACCGAGGAAGUUAUUUUGUGUUGUGAAGAUAACUUUGGCAUGGAGAUUAUUGAUAAUGAGGAAGCUGUAGAGCCAGCAGAAAAUCCAAAGUUGCACGAAACAUGCGUCUUGGUAGAAGAGGAUGAGCAUAAUUUUGUUUCUCAAGGAACGCAAAAGCAAGAGUCAUACAAGAAAAGAAUCCAUAAAGCUCUGUCAUCAAAGUUUAGGUCAGAAAGGAAGCAAGCUCAGAGUAUUUUCCAACAUAAGGAUAAGGAUACAGGUGGAAUGAACAAUUCAACAGUGGUGAUUCCAGCCCUUGAGAUGGAGUCUGAUGAAGGAAAGUUUUUGGUUCAUGAUCCUGUUGAAUCUGAUUGGGAGUUGAUUUAG